AUGAAUGAAAAUAGUUCCUUUUCCUUGGAGAACCCCACAACCGUGGAGGUUGCGAAGAAGUUCUUCCUCAAGACCCGGAUCGAUGAGAACACCCACUCGGUUGCCUUUUGCACGCCGAGCGUAUCCACGUUAAUCGACCUCUACUGCAAACAGCCCGGCUACCUCAACAGACCCCGACAAACUGGGGAACCGGAGGAUCUCGUCACAGGAGCACCAUCAGGUGUUGAGUGCCAAUACGCGGUGGCGAUGGGGACCAAUGGCAAGAACUGGCCAGACGGAAAAGCCCAGGGUCAUCGCGACGCGGACUGUUUCGCGACAUACGCCAUCGCUACGUACAUCAACACCGUGUACUGGUACAGGGCGUAUGAACCCAGGGAUAGGGCAAAGUAUCUGGAGUAA